GAUGUCAUUCUGGUUAACCUUUGGGCCGAAAAAGUCUUCCUGCGGUCCGUUGUAAUUACUCCAGAUUGUCACACUAGUAGUUUCACAGUCGUUCGUCGGUAAUUCGCUGGACAAAAUUGAAAGUGAGCUGCUUCUCGGCUAGUACUCAAGUUUGUUGAGCGUCAAUCUCAAUUCAGUGCAUAAGUGCGAAUAUAGGAGGCUUCGAUAGCGAACUUGAAUAGCAGUGCUCACUGCCAGACGGAAGCUGUUACAGCAUCGUUAGUGAAAAGUCGUGCAUUUCUUCGACUGUUCUUAGUGACAACGGAGGCUUGUUUGGUUUAGUGCUCUCAGCGAAGACUGUUUACUAUCUUUUGAGAUAUACAGUGUCUAGAAGUGAAUCAGUGCACCGGGAUAAGGAAUAAAUAGUCAUCGUUCCCUGAUUGCAGAAGAAUGGCAUCUACACACACAGGCCCAAUUCAACGGUUUAUCCAACAUGGAUCGCACAAGGGCAAAGGCAUCGCGGUCUUCACCAGUGGUGGCGAUUCUCAGGGCAUGAACGCCGCUGUCCGUGCCGUGGUUCGCAUGGGAAUUUAUGUGGGAUGCAAGGUCUACUUCAUUCGCGAGGGCUACCAGGGCAUGGUCGACGGUGACGACAAUAUCGUGGAAGCCAACUGGUCCUCGGUGUCCAGUAUUAUCCACCGGGGUGGUACCGUGAUCGGAUCUGCCCGUUGCCAGGAUUUCCGCGAGCGCGCAGGUCGUGUGAAGGCAGCGUAUAAUCUGAUCAGCCGGGGCAUCACCAAUCUGGUCGUGAUAGGUGGUGAUGGUUCACUGACUGGUGCUAAUCUGUUCCGGGUAGAGUGGCCCAGUCUGUUGGAUGAGCUGUUAACCGAUGGUAAGAUCACCCAGGAGCAGAGGCUCAAGUACAAGUGUCUGCACAUCGCCGGCAUGGUUGGUUCGAUCGAUAACGACUUCUGCGGCACGGAUAUGACUAUCGGAACGGACUCGGCACUGCAUCGUAUCAUCGAAGCCAUCGAUGCUAUCGUCAGUACGGCAUAUUCUCAUCAGAGAACUUUUAUCAUGGAGGUCAUGGGUAGACAUUGUGGUUACUUAGCUGUCAUGGCCGCUUUAGCUAGUGAAGCAGAUUUUGUAUUCAUUCCGGAAGAUCCAGUCUCCCACAGCUGGCCAGACAAAUUGUGUGACAAAAUCCUACAGGAACGAUCGGCCGGUCAGCGCUUGAACAUUAUCAUCGUGUCGGAGGGAGCUAUUGAUCGCGAGGGUAAACCAAUCACGGCGGAGAAAGUCAAGGAGGUGGUGGUGGAGAGGCUGAAGCAGGACACAAGAAUCACUGUGCUCGGUCAUGUCCAGCGCGGAGGAAACCCGAGCGCAUUCGAUCGUGUUCUGGGAUGCCGGAUGGGAGCGGAAGCCGUUAUGGCCUUGAUGGAAGCCGAUGAUAACACCGAACCAUGUGUAGUGUCGCUCGAUGGUAACCAAGCGGUUCGUGUUCCACUGAUGGAAUGUGUGCAGCGCACGAAGGCUGUUGCCCAAGCGAUGGCGGACAAGAACUGGGAUUUAGCUGUUCAGCUGCGCGGACGGUCCUUCGCUAGAAAUUUGGAAACCUACAAAAUGCUGACCCGGCUGAAGCCACCCAAGAGUGCCUUCGAUGAGCAAGGACAUGGUUUAAGCGGAUAUACGAUGGCUGUCAUGCAUAUAGGAGCCCCCGCUUGCGGUAUGAAUGCCGCUGUUCGAUCCUUUGUCAGAAACUGCAUUUACCGUGGUGAUACCGUGAUGGGUAUUCACGACGGUAUUGAGGGUUUAGUUGCCGGAAAUAUCAAAAAGAUGGAAUGGUCUGACGUUACCGGAUGGGUUGGCCAAGGUGGUGCGUUCCUCGGUACCAAGCGUACGCUCCCGGAAAACAAAUUCAAAGACAUUGCAGCUCGCCUGAAGGAGUUCAACAUUCAAGCUCUGCUCAUUAUCGGUGGUUUCGAGGCCUACCAUGCCGCGGGUCAGAUGGCGGAUCAGCGAGAUAACUUCAAGGAGUUCUGCAUCCCCAUUGUGGUUAUCCCAUCGACCAUUUCGAAUAACGUUCCCGGAACGGAAUUUUCCCUGGGAGCUGACACUGGGUUGAACGAGAUCACCGAAAUUUGCGAUCGUAUCCGUCAGUCCGCUCAGGGUACGAAACGCCGUGUGUUUGUUAUCGAAACCAUGGGAGGUUAUUGUGGGUACUUGGCAACAGUGGCAGGUCUAGCCGGCGGUGCCGACGCCGCGUACAUCUACGAGGAGAAGUUCUCUAUCAAGGAUCUGCAACAGGAUGUAUAUCACAUGGCAUCGAAGAUGGGUGACGGCGUCCAGCGUGGUUUGAUUCUGCGCAAUGAGAAAGCCUCGGAUAAUUAUAACACCGAGUUCAUCUACCGCUUGUACUCCGAAGAGGGCAAGGGAUUGUUCUCCACCAGAAGCAAUGUGUUGGGUCACAUGCAACAGGGUGGGUCACCAACUCCCUUCGAUCGUAACAUGGGUACGAAGAUGGCCGCCAAGUGUGUGGAGUGGUUAGUCGAGCAGCUGAAGGUCAACACCCAACCAGAUGGUUCUAUCAACGCUAAGUCGCCGGAGAGCGCCUGUCUGCUGGGUUUGGUUCGUCGCCAGUAUAAAUUCUCUCCGCUUAAGGAUCUGAUUGCAGAGACUAACUUCGAGCAACGUAUCCCCAAGCAGCAGUGGUGGUUGAAGCUUCGCCCUCUACUCAGAAUCCUGGCGAAACACGACUCAACCUACGAAGAGGAGGGUCUUUACAUUACAGUGGACGAAGAAAUGUCCACCGACUCCCCAGUCGCAUAAGCAGGUUAUUGGUAAUCCAUUUGAUUCGCGAUAUACGAGUGUAUCAAUGGAAAGAAACGAAAAACCUAUCAACCAACAACAAUAACAUCGGUAUUAGACUGCUUCCUAUCAGUUGAACAAGAGAGAUCGGAAACACAUAAAAAAGACGCGCAAAGUCGAAACCCAAAGAGAAAUACCUCAGAGCAACAAAACUAAUAUUUGUUAUCAAUGCAUGUGCGUGUGCUGUGUAUGAAUUUCGUUGCCUUCUUAUCGAAGCGUACGAAAUAGAAAAACCCCAAGACCAGUAGAUGCUCCCCAUCUUCUCCUUGAAACAAAAUAAACUAAAAACCUAUCUCAACACAUACAAAUAUACAUUGCCCCACAUAUACACACCCACGAUAGGAUAACAGAUCUAAGAUUAGUUUUUUGUUACAAUCGUUCAAUGCCAGUUUAUAUUGUGAGAGAGCUUUUAAUACACUGUUUACUUCCUCGGUUUUCUAAAGUCGACGGCUCACAGCUGUUAGCGUUUCGUGCCCAUCAUGACAUAUCUUUGAACAAAAUCUCACCAAAAAGUCACCUUAAUUUAACAACCAAACUAUUUAUUUGAUUGCUCUAUAUGUGUUGAAUAAUUUUCUUUCGUACAAAAGUAUUAUGUUAUUUUUAUUUUCCCAUUAUGGUCAUCAGAAGUUGAGUUUUUUUCAAUAUGAAUUAGCUAAAUAGAGUAAACUCUAAAUGAAGGCAAAAGCCUUCGAAAAAACGGUAUGAAAUUUUAGAUCGUGCAACAUAAAUAAAAUACUGUUACAAUGUCAA